UCAAUGGACCAUGGUCAUCUCUCCCAUCACUGAAAAGGAGUACAUUGAUAAGCUCAUCGCCUUUCAAGAGAAUGCACGAGAUUUCAACAGUUGGGCUAAAGUAAAAAGUUUACAAAAUAGUGCAGUAAGAUGUGCAACAGCACAGAAAAAGAGAAGCGCCCGCCAGUUCAGUAGACUACUUGCAAUUGGUCUUAUAGCUUAUUUUUGCUAUUGGUUGGAGUUGGACGACUUGCUUAUUAAUUCUGACUGUCUGCUGCCGGGUAGUGAGACUCUACAAGAUAUCUUUAGACCACAGAUAUCAGACUGCAGUUACUGUCAAAUAGAUUCAAUUCACAUACGCAACAAUUUGACAGAUGAAGAGUUUUAUGAUAAGUAUGCUUAUACAGGUAUACCACUUUUAGUAUCAGAUGGUAUGAAGGGUUGGAAUACGGAUAUUUUCAGCUUUCACUAUUUUAAACAACUCUAUCAAGAUAAAACAGACGAGGAUAACAAAGGAUGCCAAUUCUUCUCUUAUAAAACCAACUUCAACUCACUGCAGGAUGUCUUCAACAUGGACGCAGAUAGGGCUGCUUUCAAACCGGGCUCAGAACCCUGGUACAUUGGCUGGAGUAACUGUAUCCCAUCCGUAUCUAAAGCUCUGAGACAGCACUAUAAAGUGCCCUAUUUUCUGGGGAAGAGUGAGAGAACACGUGACGACUGGAUGUUCAUGGGAUCUCCUGGUUACAAGGGGGCUCCGCUACAUAUAGAUUGGGUGGAGUACAACUCCUGGCAAGCUCAGAUAAGGGGACGGAAGAAGUGGACCUUCGAGCCGCCUCCUGAAUGUUGGUACCAGUGUCCACACACUCACAACGUAGUAGUGGAACCUGGUAACAUUUUUGUGUUUGACAGCAACCGCUGGUUUCACUCAACAGAAGUGAUGGAAGGAGAAUACAGUUUAACCAUAGGAGCUGAGUACGACUAGUUGAUUAAUUAACGAUUAAUUAAAAAUUGAUUAGUUAAAUUAUUGACAAUUUGUUCAUUACUAACCUUUAUUUUAUGCGAUCCUAGAAAUUCGUUCAUAAUUUUCUUAUCAGCAUGAUUAUCAUGACUAUUGAUCGAUGAUUUCUUCACCUUAUUCCUGAAAAAUAUGUUCGUGAAUACGCUUUUGAUUUGCUUUUUGCUAAUUGCUGAUUAUAAUGGAGACUCCAACCAAGA